AAUAUAUGAAUUGUUUUCUUAUGUGGCGUGUCCAAUUGUUGGUAAGGAUAACAAAAGUUGUAAACCUACUUUCUUUUCCUGUCUAUCUCCGUUUUCACGUAACCAACUUCUUUGUCUUCUCUUCUUUUUCAAAUCUUGAUAAUGAGAUAACAAAAGAAAAACACUUUGAAGUUUUUGUGCAGAGAAACAAUAAUGGCUAAUGCAAAGGAAACAACGUUUUAUAUAACAAUCUCUGUGGUUGCUUUUGUCAUUGGCAAAAUCGUAAUCGCUCUUCUUCUCUACAAGAGAUGGAAGAGAAAGCACACAGUUCAUGAAAAUGGAUUUCCAGUCAAAGGAGGAGGAAAAAUGGUGAUGUUUAGAUCUCCAUUACUUAACUCUGUUUCCUCCGACAUGUUUAUGAAGAAGACACAUAAGCUAACCAACAAAGACAUUCUCGGUUCUGGAGGAUAUGGAACUGUGUACAGAUUAGUCAUUGAUGAUUCAACUACUUUUGCUGUGAAGAGACUAAACAGAGGAACUUCUGAGAGAGACAGAGGGUUUCAUAGAGAGUUAGAAGCAAUGGCUGAUAUAAAACACAGAAACAUUGUAACUCUUCAUGGCUACUUUACUUCUCCACAUUACAAUCUUCUCAUCUAUGAGCUCAUGCCUAAUGGAAGCUUAGAUUCUUUUCUACACGACAAGACUCAUGUUUCGACGUUUGUAGCUGGAACAUUCGGAUACUUAGCUCCUGAGUAUUUUGAUACGGGUAAAGCGACAAUGAAAGGAGAUGUUUACAGUUUCGGUGUUGUUCUUUUGGAGCUUUUAACCGGAAGAAAACCAACAGAUGAUGAGUUUUUUGAAGAAGGAACAAAGCUUGUUACUUGGGUGAAAGGAGUGGUGAAAGACCAAAGAGAAGAUGUGGUGAUAGAUAACAGGAUAAGAGGAUCAUCGGUUCAAGAGAUGAACGAUGUGUUUGGUAUAGCGAUGAUGUGUCUUGAACCCGAACCAGCCAUUAGACCAACCAUGACCGAGACCAAGACUUGGUGUGUGGCUAAACCUUCUUCAGAUCAAGCAACACUUCUAGAUAACAUAAACUUCGCAUGUUCUCAUGUUGAUUGUCGUGUUCUUUCGAGUGGAUGUCCAUGUUAUUCCCCUAGUAACCUCAUCAACCAUGCUUCUAUCGCCAUGAAUCUUUAUUACCAAGCCAAUGGAAGAAACUAUUGGAACUGCAAUUUCAAGAACUCUGGACUCAUUGUCAUAACUAAUCCGAGUACGAUGAUGAUGGCAUGUGGUUGUGGCCGUCGUCAAUUUCCUUCCUUAGCGAAGACUGUUGUUUGUAAGUUUGGUAGCAGCAAUAGAAGCUAUGGCGGUGGGAAUCUCUUGGGGAGUUGCAAAGCGGUGCCCACGAAAUCAAAGGAGAUCUCUUUGCUCAACGGUAUUGGUCAAGCUCAAACAGUGACUUUUGAUUUGAGGCAAGAGUCUAAACAGCCUAUUUCGUUGCUCAAUCUGUUUGAGCUAGUAGCUGAUGAUCUGCAGACUUUGAAUGACAAUCUUUUAUCGAUUGUUGGUGCGGAAAAUCCGGUUCUGAUAUCUGCGGCUGAGCAAAUUUUCGGAGCUGGUGGUAAAAGAAUGAGACCGGGUUUGGUAUUCCUUGUAUCACAUGCCACGGCGGAAUUAGCAGGCUUAAAGGAACUUACAACAGAACACCGGCGUUUGGCCGAGAUCAUCGAGAUGAUUCACACUGCAAGCUUGAUACACGAUGACGUGUUAGAUGAGAGUGAUAUGCGAAGAGGAAAGGAAACUGUUCACGAGCUUUUCGGCACAAGAGUAGCUGUGUUAGCUGGAGAUUUCAUGUUUGCUCAAGCGUCAUGGUACUUAGCAAAUCUCGAGAAUCUUCAAGUUAUUAAGCUCAUCAGUCAGGUGAUCAAGGACUUUGCAAGCGGAGAGAUAAAGCAGGCGUCCAGCUUAUUUGACUGCGACACUAAGCUCAACGACUACUUACUCAAGAGUUUCUACAAGACAGCCUCUUUAGUGGCCGCAAGCACCAAAGGAGCUGCCAUUUUCAGCAGAGUUGAGACUGAUGUGACAGAGCAAAUGUAUCAGUUCGGGAAGAAUCUCGGCCUCUCCUUCCAGAUAGUCGAUGAUAUUUUGGAUUUUACUCAGUCGACAGAGCAGCUCGGGAAGCCAGCAGGGAGUGAUUUGGCUAAAGGUAACUUAACCGCACCCGUGAUUUUCGCUCUGGAGAAAGAGGCAAGGCUGAGAGAGAUCAUUGAGUCUGAAUUUUGUGAAGCGGGUUCUCUGGAAGAAGCAAUUGAAAUGGUGAGAGAAGGCGGGGGAAUCAGGAGAGCACAAGAAUUGGCUACAGAGAAAGCUAAUGACGCGAUAAAGAAUCUGCAGUGCCUGCCUCGAAGUGCUUUCCGGUCAGCUCUAGAAGAAAUGGUGAUGUAUAAUCUCGAAAGAAUUGAUUAGCUUUUCCAACAGAAGUUAGAAAGGUUGAGAUGAGACAUGCUUAUAGACUUAUAGUACAGUAAAGCACACACAAAAGAGGAUUUGGCUGUAAUACAGAGAUUGUAACCUGGUGAAAAUCCUUAGCAUUUCAAAAGCAAUAACACAUGAUUUCGAUU